GUUCCCCCACUGCAGGUGCUGUCAUCUGUGUGAGUUAGCAUCGCCAGGCUCAAACACCCCCAAAGGAAAUGCUUUCUGCAGUGACCCAGACAGCUCUGAGGGGAUUUGCAGUCUGUCCUUUAUAGUCAUGCCCCAGCAUGGAAUCUGUAGAAAUCCUGCCAGGAGAAACAAUCCUAAUUAUGGAAUGGAGAGGAUUAGCAAUGAUAGCAGAAAAUCACAGUCAUCAACACCAGGAUAUUUCAACGAAAAUUCUUUCUGUCCCUGGCAAAUCUUAGAAGGGAACUCUGGAAGACCCAUUUUCCCAGCAACACUGAGGAUACUGCCAGGCUGUAGUGUAGACCUUGAAAAUGGACAAAGCUGGAACCUGGGGCUCCCCAAAGGAGAAAGAAAGGGAGAAGUCUUGGUCUUGAAUUGGGAGUGGAGGAUGUCAAAGGCUGGUCCUCAUUUGAGGGAGGAAGGAGAAGUUGAGGAGGUUGAUGCUGUGGAUCUCUCAGUAGCCUGGAAGGAAUUAGGACAUGACAGACAUGCCUUGUCUCUCCUGAGUAAAGGCAACCACUCAGGGAGUCCUAAACUGGCCCUAAAAACUGCAAUUACUGAUUUUGCACCAAGGAUUUAUGAGCAGCAGAAUAUCAUAUUUGCCUAUGCAUGUGCAAAGCUGAAGUCAGCUUCUCCCAUUUUUGGACGAUCGAAUCUCUGCGUCUUCUGCGUGAGAAGAGGAGCACAUGCAGUUUGCUGAGAUUUUCUUAUUGAGGUGUUGCAGUUGGAAGCAAACGAUCCUCUAGGAAGGCAAGAAGUCGGGAUGCUGUGUAUUACCAGGAUGCUCCUGCUGCGCUGCCCGCUGCCGCUCCUCCUGCUGCUGCUGCUGCCGCUCGACUCCAGGCCCCAGAAGCUGCCCACCAGGGAUGAGGAGCUCUUCCAGAUGCAGAUCCGGGACAAGGCGUUCUUCCACGACUCAUCAGUCAUCCCCGACGGAGCCGAAAUCAGCAGCUACCUCUUCCGAGACACCCCCAAAAGGUAUUUCUUUGUGGUUGAAGAGGACAACACUCCCUUAGCAGUGACAGUGACACCGUGCGAUGCCCCUCUGGAGUGGAAACUGAGUGUGCAGGAGCUCCCAGAGGAAGCCAGUGGGGAAGGAUCAGGAGACCCAGAGCCCCUUGAGCAACAGAAACAGCAGAUUACCAACGAGGAAGGCACGGAGCUCUUCUCCUACAAAGGCAACGAUGUGGAGUACUUCGUGUCCUCUAGUUCCCCCUCUGGGCUGUACCAGCUGGAUCUGCUGUCGACAGAGAAAGACACCCAUUUUAAAGUGUAUGCAACCACGACUCCAGAGUCGGACCAGCCUUAUCCUGAGUUACCUUACGAUCCCAGAAUCGAUGUCACCUCUCUGGGACGUACCACGGUGACGCUGGCAUGGAAACCGAGCCCCACGGCCUCUUUGCUGAGACAGCCCAUCCAGUACUGCAUAGUCAUCAACAAGGAGCACAACUUCAAAAGCCUCUGUGCUGUCGAAGCCAAGCUCAGCUCUGACGAUGCCUUCAUGAUGGCUCCAAAGCCAGGUCUGGAUUUCAGCCCCUUUGACUUUGCCCAUUUUGGCUUCCCUGCAGACAGCAACCCUGGCAAAGAACGUGGUUUCCUAAAAUCCUCCAAGUUUGGGCGGCAAACAUCCCCAAAGCCAAGAGUUGACCUGCAUAGAGUUUGUGUGGGGAACAAGAACAUCUUCACCGUGUCUGACCUGAAGCCAGACACGCAGUACUACUUUGACAUGUUUGCAGUGAACACCAACACCAACAUGAGCACUGCCUAUGUCGGCACCUUUGCCAGGACCAAGGAGGAGGCGAAGCAGAAAACAGUUGAGCUGAAGGACGGCAAAGUUACAGAUGUGUUCAUCAAAAGAAAGGGAGCCAAAUUUCUACGUUUUGCCCCUGUUUCAUCUCACCAAAAAGUCACCUUUUCCAUUCAUUCCUGCCUGGAUGCUGUUCAGAUCCAAGUUAGGAGGGAUGGAAAGCUCCUCUUGUCUCAAAGUGUGGAGGGCGUGCGGCAGUUCCAGCUCCGGGGGAAAGCAAAAGCUAAAUACCUUAUUAGGCUGAAGGGCAGCAAGAAAGGCGCUUCCAUGCUGAAGAUCCUGGCUACAACCAGGCCUAACAAGCAGUCAUUCCCUUCCCUUCCCGAAGACACGCGGAUCAAAGCCUUUGACAAGCUCCGCACGUGUUCCUCGGUCACCGUGGCGUGGCUGGGCACACAGGAAAGGAACAAAUUCUGCAUCUACAAGAGGGAAGUGGAUGACAAUUACAACGAAGAGCAGAAGAAAAGAGAGCAGAACCAGUGCUUGGGUCCAGACACGAGGAAGAAGUCGGAAAAGGUUCUGUGUAAAUACUUCCACAGCCAGAACAUCCAGAAAGCAGUGACCACAGAGACAAUCAGAGGCCUGCAGCCUGGCAAGUCCUACCUGCUGGAUGUUUACGUGAUAGGGCACGGCGGGCACUCGGUGAAAUACCAGAGCAAACUGGUGAAAACAAGGAAGUUCUGUUAGUGCCCCUGGACGGAGGAACACGGGGAACUCCAGACUGAGCAUUAUCCUGCUUCCGAGUAUACGGAUUGACUACUUGCACAGCUGAGAAGUUGUGACCUGUAUUUGUACGUGUAGAAAAGAUAUCAACUUGUAUAUUUAUGUUUACAUAAGUCAUUGUCUGGAGGAACUGAGGCUGGUGCUGUCUGGUAGAAGCUGGCAGCGGUGUUAUCAUGUGUCCAGUGAUCCACGUGUGAUGCUCAGUAGAUGUCCAAGGUAGCAGAAAACCUCGGAGGAACUGGCACGCCUUUGCUUCCAUAUUGCAUGAACUGCUUCUAAAUUAUUUUAUACUUUGAGAGGCUGAGAUACAUCAUUUGUUCACCUUGUUACUCACACACACAACUCACAGACAUAUGCCCUUUCUCUCAGUGUAGAUGGUAGGGUUUCUGUAAAUUAUUUUAUAGAGUCUUGUUUUAAAUGUUUAUGUUUCUAUGAUUGUAAACUAUUAAAAUCUCCCCCCAAUAAAAUACAGAUUUAAACUAAGUAUUAACUGGGCUGCACAUGAAGCAGUUUCAUUGCUAAUGUAAAUUCUUACCUAGCUGAUUUUCAUGUUUAAAUACUGUAUGUAUUUCAUGUACAAAGUUGCCAUAACGUUAUAUUCCUGUACAUAAAAUUAAAAAAUAUUAGAUUAUA